GCCUCCGUCCGGUGGGGUGGAAGUCACUUCCCGCCUUCCGCUAGUUGGACUUUUAAACCUUCGGAUCUACCAAACAGUGCCGGAUUUGCAAAGUCCUUGGUAGGGAAGAUCUGGCAUCGGUUUUCCCUUUUCAUUCCUCUUUCACUUAAAUCCAUUCACUCUUGGCGGAUUUCUGCAACCCACCGCCCUUUGCAGAACCUUUGUCUAGUGGGAACGAAAGUGCCAUACCGACCAGCGGGCGGAGGACCGUUUUGGGCGCUGACUUCCGGCUCUCUCGAGGCGCGUCGUUAGAUGCAGUUCCGGCGGGAGAAUGCGCCUGUGAGGCGUUCCUCUCUUGCUCCGGACAUGCAGCGACCGAAUUUUCGACCUCCGACCCCUCCUUACCCCAGCCCGGGUGUAGGAAGUUGGGGUAACGGGAGCAGCUUCCGCGGUACCCCAGGCGGGGGCGGGCCACGGCCGCCCUCCCCUCGGGACGGGUUCGGGAGCCCGCACCGCACGCCACCGUUCGGGCCCCGGGCUCGGCCCUACGGGAGCAGCCACUCUCCGCGACCCGGCGGCGGCUUCUCGGGGGGCCGGUUCGGGUCCCCGUCCCCGGGCGGCUAUCCCGGCUCCUACUCCAGGUCCCCCUCGGGGUCCCAGCAGCAAUUCGGCUACUCCCCGGGGCAACCGCCAGCCUACCCCCAGGGUUCUCCAAGGACAUCUACACCAUUUGGAUCAGGGCGUGGUAGAGAAAAAAGAAUGUCUAAUGAGUUGGAAAGUUAUUUCAAGCCUUCAAUGCUUGAAGACCCUUGGGCUGGCCUAGAACCAGUGUCUGUAGUGGAUAUAAGUCAACAAUACAACAGUACUCAAACAUUCACAGGCAAAAAAGGAAGAUACUUUUGUUAACAUUUCUGAAAUUCAUCUGGAAGCUUCAUGUGUCAGGAACAUCUCGGACAGAAUUUUAACUUGUGCAAUUAAGUUGAACCCCAAAAUGACUGAAUAAUCUUUAGUUGGACCUUCUUGACAUUUCUCAUCAAGUCAUUGCUGUUGUCACUAGAGGAGAAAGUAGGACAAUUUAAAUAUUUAGCUCUGUGAAAGUGCCUACCACAUUUAGAAGGUUUACAGUUUCCAUAUAUUUAACAUUCCUGGCUAUAUAACAGGCAUUUGUCUUUUAAUGCUUUUCCAGUCCUUUAAAAUAAAACAUUUGGUGUUUAUAGUUAUA